AGAUGAAAUAUCACAUUGACAUAAGUAUUCAGACCCUUUGCUAUGACACUUGAAAUUUAGCUCAGGUGCAUCACAUUUCUCUGGAUCAUCUUUGAGAUGUUUCUACACUUUGAUUGGAGUCCACCUGUGGCAAAUUCAAUUGAUUGGACAUGAUUUGGAAAGGCACACACCUGUCUAUAUAAGGUCUCACAGCUGAAAAUGCAUAUCAGAGCAAAAACCAAGCCAUGACGUCAAAGGAACUGCUUGCAGAGCUCAGAGGCAGGAUUGUGUCGAGGCACAGAUCUAAGGAAGGCUACAAAAAAUUUCGGCUGCACUGAAGGUUCCCAAGAGCACAGUGGCCUCCAUAAUUAUUAAAUGGAAGAUGUUUGGAACAACCAGGACUCUUCCUAGAGCUGGCCGCUGGGCCAAACUGAGCAAUCGGGGGAGAAAGGCCUUGGUAAGAGAGGUGACCAAGAACACGAUGGUCACUCUGGUUGAGCUCCAGAGAUCAUGUGUGGAGAUGGGAGAAACUUGCAGAAGGAGAACCAUCACUGCAACACUCCAGUGAUCUGGGCUUUAUGGCAGAGUGGCCAGACGGAAGCCUCUCCUCAGUGAAAGACACAUAAAAAAGCACCUAAAUGACUCUCAGACUGUGAGAAACAAGAUUCUCCGGUCUGAUGAAAUGAAGAUUGAACUGUUUGGCCUCAGCUCCAAGUGUCACGUCUGGAGGAAACCAGGCACCACUCAUCACCUGUGCAAUAUCAUCCCAGUGGUGAAGUGUGGUGGUAGCAUAAUUUUUUUUUAAAGCAUGAGAAUAAAAUGAAGGGGUCUGAAUAAAUUCUGAAUGCACUGUAACUUAUCAGAAUCAGAAUCAGAAUCAGAAUGAGCUUUAUUGCCAAGUAUGCUUACACAUACAAGGAAUUUGACUUGGUGACAGGAGCUUUCAGUGUACAACAAUACAAAAACAAUACAAAAACAGCAGCAAGACAUAGAUAAUAAUAAUUAAAAAAAAUUAUACACAUACGUACAGACACACAUUCAUACAUACACAUACACAUGGGUAGUGCAAAUCUAAUACAAUCUGUUAUGUACAGUGUAAAUACAAAUCUGUUAUGUACAGUGCAAAUGUUUUUUUUGUUUGUUUUUUUUUUUCAGAGGAAUGAAAUGGCAGAAGAGGUUGGAUGUGUUGGAUAAAUAUAAGAAAGACUAAACUGUGUAUUGCACAUAGUUAUUGCUCAAUGGGGCAAUUUAAAUGUGUUCAUGAGAUGGAUAGCCUGAGGGAAAAAACUGUUCCUGUGCCUGACGGUUCUUGUGCUCAGAGCUCUGAAGCGUCGGCCAGAAGGCAACAGUUCAAAAAGGUAGUGGGCAGGUUCAUGCCACACAGAGCACAUGCCUUGAGUGCGGACUGCAUGACACCUCAUGGUACCAUCUUACACCAGACACUGGACUUCGAUGAGUUCAUCCCACCCAUCCCUCCUCCCCCUUACUACCCACCAGAAUACACCUGCACACCUGUGAUGGAAGGCCAGAGAGGGUUGCAUCUGGAUUUUCCACACUCUCCAUUCAAUGCUAUUUAUGGAGUACCCAUUAACAGCCCUGGGGCUCUGUAUCCAUCCGAGCUGCCACCACCAUAUGAAUCUGUGGUGGGACAAACACCUGCCAGUCAGAUCACCACCAGUCUUGAGCAACAGGUCACUGAGUCCAGUCUGUGUGAAAGGAACACCACAACUGGCCUUAGCACUCAGGACUCAGUUGAUAGUGCUUCCCUUAUGGUGACAGAGACGGCAGACAUCCCUGAUCACAGCUGUUCCUCUGAAGACCUGUGCUCUCUAGAGGUACAGGGCUCUGAUUCUUCUCCUUAUGGCACUUUGCGCAUGGCACCGACUAAUGGCAGCUGCACAAGCCUGGAACACAGCACCCACUCUUCCCUGAGGUGGCAGGCCUGUGCCCGGCUCAACCACAGUGAGUCCUCUGUCACGCAGGAAUCUAAGCCCCAUUCGCUGGAGAUGUCACCGGAGUCAGUCAAUGCUGUCGAGAAGGAGGAGAGUACAGCUGUUUUACCCAAGUCUUGCACACAGCAAAGAGAAAGAACCAAUCGGAAGCCGACCCUCCCUUUUCCUCCGAACACUCCAUCCCAAUGUGCUUCCAGCUCUACUGUGACAUCCACUGCAGGUGCAGCUUCGGUCCUUACCUCCUAUGCCUGCACCUCCCCGUCACCCACCGGUCAGGUGCGGGGAACCCGGCUCUGCUUCAGCAUCUGGUCCCCAUCCUCCUCUUCCUCAGUGGCUCAUCAGCCCCAUGCUACCUCUGCCCUCGUCAGCGGCAGCAUCCGCGAGCAUCCUCGCACUCUCCGUGCCACCAGAGGGUACCGAAAAUUGGCGAGGAUUGUGCGUUCCUCUAGUGAACCUAUAUCCUGUACUUUCAUAUCUAGAAGUGAACACUGUGCUCCAGCUUCUAACCAUCCACCUCAGGACUCCCCGCAGACCCCCUGUGAUCAAGCAUGUAUGGAGCUCUCUGAGAGUGUCCGACAGCCUUCUGCCAAACACAGCAGCCUAGGGGGCAAGAAACAGAAGGACGGUGGAAAGGUUGACAUCCGACUCAAACCUCACUCAGUAUCUACAGAACGCCCGCACUCUCUCGCAGACCUCAAAACCUACAAAGACACCAAAGUACUGGUGGCUAAAUUCCUGGAGCACUCUAGCUGCAGUCUACCUCCAGAGGUCCAGCAGGUGGUCAACACCAUUAAAUGUGUCAUUAAGUCUGAUGAGAAACACAUGGAGGAGGCCAUAUUCAGUGCCAACAUAAUUGAUCAGUUGAUGACACAAUCACAGAAGAUCAUGGGCAGCCCAAGGAAAGAUGCGCACGAAGACCUGCACUUACAGAGCUGUGGAGCUUUGAGCUCCCCAUCCUCAUCCCUGCGCCGUCCUCCACGAGGAUCCGGUCAGACAGAAGCCUCUGGUACCCUGGAUCAGCAAUUUCCUCAUCAUCCUCAAGGCCUCAUCAGUAUAUGCAGAGAAACUACACUCUGACACUCUGGACCACAACACUUUUUUCCUCAUAAUCCUCUCAAUAUGUGCCAAGUCCAAGCCCUAACUCUCAUCAGCAAAAACAGUGAGUUAAUGUGGAGAUGAUGCUCCUCAUGUUUAAAAAAAAAGAUACUCAUAAAAGAAUAAAGAAACACCAGAAUGUUUAACUGCAGGGUUAUAUAAUUUUAUUGUAUUGUCAAAAUAAAGGUAAAAUAUUUGUUUAAAUGUUCAGUUUGCUACUGUGCUGAAUAGGAGAGUGGGUCUAUAAUUGACCAUAGAAGGAAAGGAGAUGGAUUUACCUCUUUGUGAAACUGUUUAUUUGAUGAGACAACAUGAUACAAAACUCCUACGGACAUUGUGUGAAAUAUUGGACAUAUUUGGUCAUUAUGUGCCACUGCAGGACAGAAAACUCAAUUAUCAACAUACCUCAGUGUGUAAUUAUUGUUUUCAGUGUUGCAUAAUAAAAAUGUGUCUGUUUGUAUUUUCUCUAUAGAUCAUUUUAUUAUCCCUAUUUGCAUAUUAUUUGGUUAGGAAAACAUUAUGUAUACGAGGCUUCGAGUAACCAUGAGCU